CCCCUUCCGCAGCGCUGCGAUUCGGGCGCCGCCGCCAGAGCCGGGCCGCGAUGGGCAGGCGCGGGCAGGCGCUGCCGUCGCGCCGAGGGGGCUCCGGCGGGGCCGCGGGGCGCUCGGGCAGCCGGGGGUAGCGGCGGGACUGGCCGCGGGACGCGCCGCCGCCUCGCUGCUGUGUGCGGAGGCUCUGGAGAGCGUGUGCGCCCGGACGACAGCACAAUAGCCGGGAGGAGGAGACUGGGAGAGGGGCAGGGGGAGAGGAGAGAGAGAGAAAGAGAAAGCACAACACGGGGGCUGGCGAGCGGAGGACUCCUGAGCGUGGCUGCACUGAGGACCGUGCCCGGGACGGCACCGACAGGAGGUGGGUGGGUGGGGGCGAUAUUUACCUUCUCUCCCCCGCCCCAAGCCUGCUCCUUUGUCCACCCACUUUGAAGUGCUCUGAGAUCGCCGGGGUGGGAGCACUGUUGUUCGCUAGCAAAAUAUCAGUCAUGCCGGGGAGACAGUAGCGAGUGUACGGGGGGCUGGGGCCGGCAAAAGCUGAAGGAGACGGGGAGGAGAGACUGUUCCGAGGAUUGCUGUUUGCCUCCCAGUUUCCCUGCAUGGACCGUGAAAGAGACGCGUUGAGUUGACCCUGCCGGAGCUGUUUCUGAUUCUACAUGUGAGAUCCGGUUGGUUUGUUCUCUCCACCUAUCUCUCUCCAGCCUCCUUCCCGUAUUCUCCACUUAUUCCUGUAUGCAAAAUGGUGGACCCUGUGGGGUUUGUGGAGGCUUGGAAAGCACAGUUUGCAGACUCUGAGCCUCCUAAGAUGGAGCUGAAAUCUGUGGGAGACAUUGAACAGGAGCUGGAGAUGUGCAAAGCAUCUAUCCGGAGACUGGAGAUGGAGGUCAACAAGGAAAGGUUCCGCAUGAUUUACUUGCAGACUCUUCUGGCAAAGGAGAAAAAAAGCUAUGAUAGACAGAGAUGGGGUUUUAAACGUGUUUCUCAAUUGCCUGAAGGGGGUGCAGAGCAGCAGAACCAGGACCUGCAUCAUCACCAGUCUGCUGACCAAGAUGAAUAUGAAAAAAGCAAGUCACACCAUGGGGAGGAAAAGUUCAAACCCAGGAUACCCUCUCUGCGGAAGCUGUCUACCCAGAGCGAUGGGUCAGACCUGUCGCCUUUGGACAGCCCCCAUCAUGGAGAAGGAGAACAGGACAGGUGUAAGUACUAUGGUGAUGAGAAACUGAAGAGAGUGGUAGAAGAUAUGGAGAGUCGCUGUGAUACAGAUGGGUCUCCUUCAAAACACAGAUCGUCUUCUACUCGCAGGCUAGUGGGAUCUGCUGAGAAGGAGGGAUCAUUUGAACCGAUUUCUAAGGAGAGAGGCAACAGCACCAGUGUGGCAGCCCUAAGGUCCAAUUUUGAGAGGAUUAAAAAGGUUAAUUCACAUUCUUCUGGAGAUAACAAGGAUGUUGUUGAAAAGCCCUUUUAUGUGAACAUGGAGUAUCAUCAUGAGAAGGGUCUAGUAAAGGUCAACGAUAAAGAAGUUUCCGAUAAAAUUAGCUCCCUUGGUAGCCAAGCCAUGCAAAUGGAACGCAAAAAGUCUUUGCACUCCCUCCCUUCUAACAUGGUACCCAGCCUCAGCGAGUUCCAGAGGCCUGCUUACAGAGGAAGGUCCUCAGAGAGCAGCUUUGGCUACGAUGGAGAAUAUGAGGAUGCUGAACUGAACCCCAGGUUUCUCAAAGAUAACUUGAUUAAUGCCAACGGCAGCAACCGCUCACCUUGGCAGCCCAUGGACUUUCAGCCCUAUCAAAGUAUCUAUGUUGGUGGAAUGAUGGAAGGAGAAGGGAAAGGACCUAUCCUCCGAAAUCAGGGCACAACUGAGCAGGAAAAACAUCUCACGUGGCCCAGGAGAUCUUAUUCCCCCAGGAGUUUUGAAGAUAUUGGAGGAGGAUAUACUCCUGAUUGCAGCUCUAAUGAGAACCUUACCUCCAGUGAGGAAGACUUCUCUUCAGGGCAGUCCAGCCAUGUCUCCCCCAGCCCCACCACUUACCGCAUGUAUCGGGAUAAAAGCCGUUCUCCCUCCCAGAACUCUCAGCAGUCCUUUGACAGCAGCAGUCCACCCACCCCCCAGUCUCAAAAACGGCACAGGCAGCAGCAGGUCAUUGUGUCUGAGGCUACUAUUGUGGGUGUACGAAAAACAGGACAGAUCUGGCCAAGUGAUGGAGAUUUGCCUUCUGGGAGAUGUCACCAGGACAGCUGCUUCCAUGGGGAUACAGAUGCUUCGUUCAGUGGCACACCACCUAGCUAUGCGUAUGAUGCAGACCGUGCUGAAGAACAGAGGCGACAUCAUGAUAUGAUGCCCUAUAUUGAUGACUCGCCAUCAUCCUCACCCCAUCUCAGUUCCAAGAGUCGAGGCAGCCGGGACACUCUAUCUUCAGGGUCUCUGGAAUCUACAAAAUCAAGUGAGCCGGACCUGGAGAAAGGCCUGGAGAUGAGAAAAUGGGUCCUGUCAGGAAUCCUGGCCAGUGAGGAAACCUACCUGAGCCACUUGGAGGCUCUGCUGCUGCCUAUGAAGCCUUUGAAAGCAGCUGCCACCACCUCUCAGCCUGUGCUGACUAGUCAGCAGAUUGAGACAAUAUUCUUCAAAGUGCCUGAGCUCUACGAGAUCCACAAAGAAUUCUAUGAUGGGCUCUUUCCCCGAGUGCAGCAGUGGAGUCACCAGCAACGUGUAGGGGACCUCUUCCAAAAGCUGGCCAGCCAGCUGGGAGUGUACCGGGCCUUUGUGGAUAACUAUGAAGUUGCUAUGGAGACAGCAGAGAAAUGCUGCCAAGCCAAUGCUCAGUUUGCUGAAAUCUCUGAGAAUCUAAAGGCUAGAAGCACAAAGGAAUCUAAAGAUCAGACGACGAAAAAUUCCUUGGAAACUCUAUUGUACAAGCCAGUGGAUCGAGUGACUCGCAGCACACUUGUCCUGCAUGAUUUGCUCAAACACACUCCAGUGAGCCACCCAGAUCAUCCACUCCUGCAGGAUGCUCUGCGGAUCUCGCAGAACUUCCUCUCCAGCAUCAAUGAGGAGAUCACUCCUCGUCGGCAGUCCAUGACUGUGAAGAAGGGGGAGCAUCGGCAGCUGCUGAAGGACAGUUUCAUGGUGGAGCUGGUUGAGGGAGCUCGCAAGCUACGUCAUGUCUUUCUUUUUACUGAUCUGUUCCUGUGUGCCAAGCUCAAGAAGCAGAUUGGAGGAAAAAGCCAGCAAUAUGACUGCAAAUGGUACAUCCCACUCACUGACCUCAGUUUCCAAAUGGUGGAUGAGUCUGAGGCAGUGCCCAAUAUCCCGCUGGUACCUGAUGAGGAACUGGAUGCCAUGAAGAUCAAGAUAUCCCAGAUCAAGAAUGACAUCCAGCGUGAAAAGAGGGCUAAUAAGGGCAGCAAGGUCAUUGAGAGAUUGAAAAAGAAGCUCUCAGAGCAGGAAUCCCUCCUGCUGCUGAUGUCUCCCAACAUGGCCUUCCGGGUACACAAUCGCAAUGGCAAGAGUUACACGUUCCUCAUUUCAUCGGACUAUGAAAGGGCAGAAUGGAGGGAAAACAUCCGGGAACAGCAGAAGAAAUGUUUUAAAAGCUUCUCACUCACAUCAGUGGAGCUCCAGAUGCUGACAAACUCCUGUGUGAAGCUGCAGACAGUCCACAACAUUCCCCUCACUAUCAAUAAGGAAGAUGAUGAAUCCCCAGGUCUCUAUGGAUUCCUGAAUGUCAUUGUCCACUCUGCCACAGGAUUCAAGCAAAGUUCAAAUUUGUACUGCACAUUAGAGGUGGAUUCUUUUGGGUAUUUCGUGAACAAAGCUAAAACUAGAGUUUACAGAGACACCACGGAGCCCAACUGGAAUGAGGAGUUUGAGAUUGAGCUGGAAGGCUCACAGACUCUGCGGAUUCUGUGCUAUGAAAAGUGCUACAACAAAACCAAGCUCACCAAAGAGGAUGGAGAGAGCACAGAUCGCAUAAUGGGGAAAGGACAGAUGCAGCUGGACCCACAAGCAUUGCAGGACAAAGAUUGGCAACGCACAGUCAUCUCAAUGAAUGGAGUUGAAGUGAAGCUCUCAGUGAAGUUUACCAGUCGGGAGUUUAGCCUGAAAAGGAUGCCGUCCCGGAAACAGACUGGGGUGUUUGGGGUCAAGAUCGCUAUUGUCACUAAGAGAGAGAGAUCGAAGGUGCCUUACAUAGUGCGCCAGUGCGUGGAGGAGAUAGAGCGGCGUGGCAUGGAGGAGGUGGGCAUCUACCGUGUCUCUGGGGUUGCAACCGAUAUCCAGGCUUUGAAAGCUGCCUUUGAUGUCAACAAUAAAGACGUGUCAGUGAUGAUGAGCGAGAUGGAUGUCAACGCCAUCGCGGGCACCUUGAAGCUGUACUUCCGAGAGCUGCCUGAACCCCUCUUUACAGAUGAGCUGUACCCCAACUUUGCUGAGGGCAUUGCACUUUCAGAUCCUGUUGCAAAGGAAAGCUGUAUGUUGAACCUAUUGUUAUCGCUUCCAGAACCCAACCUUGUGACAUUCCUUUUCCUUUUGGACCAUUUAAAAAGGGUUGCUGAGAGGGAAAGCAUUAACAAGAUGUCCCUGCAUAAUCUCGCAACUGUCUUUGGACCAACGCUGCUCAGACCUUCAGAGAAGGACAGUAAAAUCCCUGCUAACCCAACCCAGCCCAUCACAAUGACCGAUAGUUGGUCACUAGAAGUCAUGUCCCAGGUUCAAGUUCUUCUGUACUUCCUGCAGCUAGAGACUAUCCCUACCCCAGACAGCAAGAGGCAAAGCAUUCUCUUCUCCACAGAGGUGUAGGUGCCAGUGAUACCAACAGGACACAAAAACUGCUCUUGGCAGAAAUCUGCCACACCUGAGGAAAAAAGACAACUGGUGUUUCUUCAGACAUUACUGGCCUGUUCCUGUCCUGGGGAUUAUGACCCUCAGUGCUUCUGCUGUUUGUUAACCAGAGACCACCUGAAGAGAAAGGAGAAAAAUCUCUGCUCUUGCUUGGUAGGACCAGAACUGACGUGGAGGUGGAGCUGUGCAGAAUCUCCACUAGAAGGAGCAAUAGACACUUGAACAAAUGCACCACAGAGUGUGGCUAUUAUUCUUGUUGGGAUUAUUAUUCUUGUUGGGAAUGUGACAGAAGGUAUUCCUCAUUUUAUGGAUUUAUCGUAAAGAAACUUCAAGAUUUCUACUGGAUCACUUCACAGGAUACCCCUUUUUGGGUGAGGGGGAGUUAAAGGAUAUAUCACAACUGUGUCUUUAAUAACUGCUGUUUCUAAAGUACUGUUCUAGGCCACAAAAAUAGCAUUGCUUUGCAAGAGGAGAGAAGGGAAAGGUCUGGGAUCUAAGGAUUCCCUCCUCAGAAAUUGAAGUCUUGAUUUGAACAGGGUUCUAAAGAAAUGAAACAGUUUUGCAUACAACUAGAACUGUUGGUUUGUUUGGGGUUUGGUGGUUUGUUGUUUGUUUUGGUUUUUCUCUCACCCACCCCUUCUCUUGCAAAUGUUUGUCCAGCUGGAGGGAAGGAGAUGCCCUGCUCUUGCCUCUGUUGCACUCCUGAUGGUUUUGGGUUUGGGUUUUUUUUGGGGGGGUUUAAGGGAGCCAGACCCAAUGAUGUUACACAAUAAAUAAAUAAAUAUAGAAAAUCAAAGAGAGGCAGGAAGGAUUAGAGUCAGUUAUUCUGUUUCUGAUUCCAUUGUUUGAAUAUAAAAGUGGGGCAAUAUUAUCUAGGCAGGAUUGCUAAAUUCCUUAGACCCCACCAAACUUAAUGAAAAUUAAUUUGGAAGACAGUUAAUUCCCAGCACUCCAAAGGAAAGAAGUUAUCACUGCAAAAAUAAUCUCUAGCAGUUUGGCUGGCUGCUUACUCCAAACUUUUAUCAGAACACCUUUUUUUUGAUACUUGAAUUUUUGGAGGCUUUGUACAUGGCUUCUACAAGAGUCUUUUUCUGAUAGAUACAAAUACUUGGAUAAAAUGUGUCAGAAUGUACUUUAUGGACAAUCUAGCAAGUAGCAUGCAUUGUGUGUUCUCAAGAAAUUCCAACCCUCUGUUAAGUAAGAGCAGCGAAGACGUUUCUAUGGAACUACCUACAGCCGUACUAAAGGCCGAGCCACAUCCCGCUUGGUGCCUCCCUGCCCAGGUCAGCUGCAGCCAGCGGGGUUACACGGGCGGAAAGGGCAGGGGGUUUGUCCAGGGAAUUGAAAGUAUAGAAAACCUGCUUGCUGGUAUCCAGAGCAGCGUGUUCUGGCUGUGAAGCAGUUGUGCCAAACAUCUCAGGUGCGUGGGUGUGAUUCCAUUUUCAUAAACUGUUCCAGCCCCCUUUCCUUCCUAGCCAGUUAUGCAGCAUCCAUUUAGUGGCAUCCGUCCAUCUUCAUCCUGGCGAGAAGAACAGUGCAGCCUGAAGACAAGGGAAGGGAUCGGCAUGGGGAGAGGGGGAGGGACAGGUUUGGAAAGACUGGUAGAGUUGUCACCAUUAUUUGAGGGGAAACAUGACAAAGAAAGCAACCCCUGUUAUGCUGAAUUUCACAUUUUCUGAUGGGUGAUCUGCAACCUCUCAAUGGAAAAAAAAACAACAAAGCCUUUCAAACAAAUGAGAAAAAAAAAAGUAAAGGGAAAUGAUUUUGUAGUCACUGUAAUUCUGACUGCUGCAUAAUAUUAGGAAUCAUUGUACUGUGAAGUUGCAAAUUCAAAAAGGAAAAAAUAUAAAUUUUGUGAGUAUAUCAAUAUUUUGCAUGCUUUGUAAGGAUUCUUGUAGGAAUUUAAUAUUGCUUAGUACCCCUCCCUCCUUAGGUUGGGGAGCAAACCUCUUUGUAAUGUAAUGUACAACUAGAAAUUCCUUCUCUCUUGUGUGUAUUUCCACUACAUUCCAACUUCUGAACCCUUAAGACAGAAAAAGUGUUUUAUAGUAGGAGGUGCUUUUUGAGGGGAGGGAGGGAAUGAAGGCAAGGAAACUUGAAGGCUUAAGAUUUUUUCAAUUAUUUUUAUUUUUUGCCUUUUUGAAGGUAAAAAUUAGUCACAAUCCUGAAAAACAAUGACUUAAGAAAAGUCAUGCAGACCAGUAAACCACAUUCUAUGGUUUUGUUUUGAUGUAUUUGUUCUCAUUUUCCGUAGCGGUUCUAUAGCAAUGCUUUGACUGCAAGCUGCACGCCUCCCCUUGCCCAGCGGUGGUUGGUGUAUCUGAGGCAGUAGCGCUGCUGACGGCGUCCUUUAAAAGGUCACAAACCCCAGCCAAACCUCCCCAGGUGGUUGGGUGACAGCCUUUUCCUUUUGGUGUUUGGAAUCUGUGGCUGCUCUUUGCAGUGUUGAAACUGGAAAGCAAUACCAUAAUGACUGUGCCAAUUUACUUUUGCCCGACUUUUUAAUUUUUAUUUAUAGAGGAAGUUAAUUUUAAUAUUAAAUUACUGAUCUAUAGUAUGUAACCAUGAGACAAUUGCUUUUGCUUUGGUUACUGUUACAGGUUGUUGCUUUUAGUCUCUCAUUACAAUGCUCAGUUCUAAUGUAACGUUAUCUAACAUGCAGGCAUGUGGAUCAGGGAAAAGUUUAAUUUAACUUAACCCGUUAAUUAUUUCUGUUAAGUAUGAAUAUGUUUUCCCCAAAGCUGGUAAUUUUGGGCUGGAAAAGAUACCGCAUCUUAUUGCUGAUGAUGAAAUCAUGGACUGAUUUGAAAUACAAGAAUUGAUUUCUUGAAUUUCCUUUAAUUCUGCAAUUAAGUUUUUUUCAAAUAGUCUUAUGUUUUCAGAAAUUAAGUAUUUCCAAAAGGCUUUUAUGGUUUUGCCUUUUUUUUUUUACUUUGAUAUUUUUUAAUAAGCCUUAUCAUACUUAAACAAAAAGGGACUUGCAAAACUUGGCUUUAAGAGAAGGCCUUCUGAUUUCUACUCUUACAUAUUCCCUUGCAAGUUGUGUCAGAAAACUGAACUCUUUCAUUUUCUGUAUUAAAAAAUACAAUAUAAACAACAGAAGAGCAAACUAGCAACAAGUUACUCUUUCAUAUGUGCUGGAAGUUUAAGCCCUUUCAUUUUGAGUCACCUUUCUAGAAAUGUAGCUUUCAGUAAACAGGAAUCCGAAAUGUUAAAACUUUCAACUAAAGAUUUCAGGUUAGGAUAGUCUGUAUCUGCAGUUUAAGGAAAGGAAUAAGCAUCAGUUUCCUGGCAUUUAGAAACUAUUUUAAAUUUUUCAUGGAUUUUUUUUUAAUACCGAAAAGGUUUCUAACUCAAAUUUUAAAAUGUUAGGUAAAGCAAACUAUGAGAAAAGGUUUCAAAGAUGGACAAGAAAUAACAGUUACGAGAUCAGUUUCAGCUUUGUGUUCGUGUGUGCUUGGUACUCUGAAAGCAAAUUGAAACACAUCCAUUAAAAUGCUGCUGGUGUUCUUUAGUCUUGCACAAGUUUAACAAGUUGAGGUAGUAGCUGAGCUAUUUCAGGCUGUAUCUUAGUGCUGCUGGUGUUCAGUGGUAUCAGCUAAGGGCAAAAUCCAGCGGCGGGGUGACUGUUUGCUGAUGCCUCAAACAAGGCAAGCGGCACGCACCGUCUGAAGCAGAUCUGCAACUUUCUUUGUUAGCCACAAGGUGGUGGAACCACAGAGUAUGUUUAUGGGAGAUGCAGUAUUUUUACAGUUUAUUCAUUUUAUCUGUUUAAAAAACCCUGUUGUUCUGGUUGUUAUGGUUGUUUAUGUUAGUUUUCUACGAGCUUAUUUAAACAAAUGUACUGUUCUUGAAGGGAUACUUGGACCUCCAAAUUUGUUUGUCACCCUUGUAACACUGGAAGGUAUCACAAUGUGUUCAUUUAUCUUAACAUGCCGUUACUUCAAGGAUGUAUAAAAUGUAAAUUGACCAACAUGGCUUUUAAUAAUGUUUAAAAUCUGAUGGCAAAAAACCACAACCCUCUCUGAUUCCUUACUGGUUAAUCCUUUUGUUUCAGUGCUUAGUCAUCUACUGGGAUAACAGUAUCACACCUGGCAUUCUUAUUAUGGAAAUUUUAGUAAGAAAUGGGAAAUAUUUUAAGAGAAACCCCCACCCUUUCUCUUUUUACUUUAAUUCAAGAAGACGGGGAUGUGUAACAAGAGCAGACCAGUACAUUCACACUAGAUUUAAGGGCUUUGCUUCUGUUCCUUGAAGAAUAAACAUCUGAAAGGGCAAUUCCUAAGUAGAUAUGAUCAAAUUAAUCAAAGUCUUGGUAUAGUUAGUAAGUCACUUGUUUAUUUCCCCUUCCAUUUGUAGUCCAGGUAUAUUUUCUUUAUAAACUUUGCUAAUGUUGUCAUAGUACUGUUAUUGGAAAAAUAAGUCUGAUGCUGUUCGCUUCCUUUAACGUAGGGUACGUGCAGUAGGGUACUGGAGCCUUAGAUUGAUAUUAGCUGUUCUCUGUUCUCAACUAGAAUGAAAUGAAACGAAUGUUGAUACGUACUCUAUGAAAUUUCUCAUUGGAUAGAAUUAGAUACGUGGAUGCCCUUGCAACCCAGAGAAGAUCUAAUGAAAGCACUUAGAGUUAAUGAUUAUUCAUUAACAAGGUUUUAGGGACGAAAAGUAACACAAAUGGGAAAGGGAAGCAUAAUGAGGAAUCACUUGGAUCAUAUGGUUUGGAACUAGAAAGCAGUUCUCAUUUCAAACUACAGCAGAAGGCUCAUGCCCUUGAUAACUGUGAGCAAAGACUGUAUUGCUGGUAAAAAAAACCCAAAUAUUAUUAUAGGAACACCAGGAAUUCAGCUGCUGUGGCCUCCCAGUUCUGAUGUGCUGCAACUCCUCUUCCUUGCUACUGAAAAUUCACAGUUCAGUGCUUAUCACUUGCUCUCUACUUUUCCCCCCCAUGUGGCAUCAGAUAGGGGCAAGAGUCCGUAUGUUACUGUAGUUGAAACCCCACUGCAAAGAAGGAAAAAGCCCACAGAACUAGGAAGCUAGACUGUGAUCUAAGCUCAAAGAGUCUGCUUCUGGGCUGCAAGGAUAAAAUGCCACAACGUGCUAUAAUGAUUAAAUGGAUGAAACAGUAGGACCGCAGCAAGCUUGAGUAUAUAUGUUACCUUGAUUCUCCUCCUUCCAUGACCAUAUAGCUAGAGUUAGGCCUUCCAGGUCAAGUGAAUACAUAAAUGGUGUUGCCAAGAAUUAGAAAAUUAUUAACUGACCUAGUUUGCCUCCACUUCUGAUUCUCUUUGUGUUACCUUGUCAUAGUGGAUUCUUGGGAGACGAUUGUAAAACAUGCAGGUGGACCAUGCAAAUACUUCCCAUGUCAUUUAUUUCCUGGUCAUGUUUGACCUUGCAGUAAGACAGAGCCCUUCUUUUCCAACAGAAACCACUUCAUGCCACUCUGUACUGUAGAAACCACCCCACUGGGAGGUUCAGUUUGUAGCAGAGCUAUGCCUGGAGAGAACUACAGUAUUUCCAGUCUUCUGGUGCAGAAUGGACCAGGUACUGGUGCAGCUCUGGGCUCAUGUAGGCCUGUUUUGUGAGUUAAGUAAGAGUCUAUUUACACUUGUUCAAGCAUAUUUGGGAAUUAAUAUGCUUAUGGAGUCCCCAAGCCUAGCAGAAGUGUUUGCUCCGCUGCUUUGGCUUAAUUGCAGUCAUGUUCAAAUUCUCUUGACAAAAGUGGUUCAUCAGAAUGGAGGAAACUUGUUUUAUUUUCCAGUAGGGCUUUUGUUUGUGUAACUGUUGCAGACUUUUUUCCCCAGUGGUAUGAUGUUCUGAGAACCCAAGACAUUCCACAGAGGAACCAUAUCUCUGAUCUGCAGAAUUGUUUUUAUGACCAGGCCACGUUAGAUCCCUGGGGAUGUUUGGGAGGGCAGGCUUGUGUACAAAACUGCUUCCUGCCUGGAAGGAGAACACAGCAGCUUUCUGCAGGUCACCCCAAAGAGGGAUCACAAUGCGCAGAGCUCACUAGUGAGCAGAUGGCCUUGCUGCUUGGAUGCUCACAUCUCCCCUGGGGCAGCAUGAGUGAGGCCCACGGGGCAGUUACAGGAAGAGACUCAUCCAGUUCCUUCUCAUUGUGUGCCAGUCUGCACAGAACAGCUCAAAUUUCCUCCAUUCUAGUCCCAUUUUGGGAGAAAUUGGGACUACGCUAACCCUAGGUAUUACACAAGUAGUCAGCUGAAAACUGAUCCAUAUCUAAAAACCAUUUCAGCUGUAGUAGGUGUUAAUGUAAAACCUGCCAUAGCAAAAGUACACGUCUUCUCAACAGCCUCUUCUAAUCUCUUCCUUACUGCUGCUCGCAGCCCAAGAGAAAUCUUGGUCUGGGCUUCACAGUUACCUAUGAAAACUUGCAGAAGCCACUCAGGAAUGGUAAAGUCUUUGGGUUCCUGGAUAAAACGUACCAACACAGGGAGAGAUGUUUCAAGAGCUGAGGUAUCAGUACUAACCAAGGCAGCACAAAGAGGGUAAAGAAUUGUGUUGGGUGACUGAGAAGCACCACAAUGAAACGGUGAAUUUAAAUAUGAUCUCAUAGCAGGACACUGUGGAAUCCUGUUCCUUCUGUGUCUGUCCAGCAAAAAAAUAAAAGCCUUCUCUUGCCUAUGUAA